ACGUGUUCCGAGUUCCGACAGUUCGGAAAAAACCGGUUCAGUGUACCGUGGUUCGAAGGAGAAGAGAGAUAGAAAGGGAUCGAGACAAGAAACAUGGCCACCAUCACGAGCGAACAAGCGCUGUUCGACUUUGAGCUCAACGACGUGUUCGAGAACGAGCUCAACGAUAAUCUCUACAAUCUGAAGAUGUCAGAAGACAAGGCCGUAAACAGCCGCAAAAGCAGACGCAUACUGAAGCCGCUGAAGCCGUUGCUGCGAAUGCUGAAGAAGCGCACCAGCAGUUAUGUCAAAAACAACAAACGUCAAGAGGCCAUGCCUCAGGUGGAGAUCUUCAGCGAGGAGAUCGAGAAUCAGAACAACGCCAACGAGGCACUGGAACUCAGACUCUUGCAAGAGCUACGGGAUGCCGAGGAGGGUGCCGCCAUCACCGUCUGCCUUGACGGACAGAUGACCGUCGUGCCGGUUGUGCCUGGUCAGUGCUACGUGCCGGUGCAUUUCGCUCACACCCACGCCGGCGACUUCUACUGGACAACGCUCAGCAUGGCCGACAGAGACUUGUGCUACAAGGAACGCGCCUUCUCGCAGUACCAGCUUCCCGAGGUGCAAGUGGCGUGA